GCAAAAUCAUAUGUUUUCAAGGCGAAUUCUACUUGUUCUUUUAUUCGCGAUUUUCAAUUCAUUCCGCGUGCAAUUAUUUUGGUUCAAUCGCUCGCAUUUGUUUGAAAAUAUUUCACUAACAAAAACUCAUUUAAGAAAAGUGUCAAUUUUGUUGAAUCUGUAGUGUUGAAAUGGGUGAUUCGUCUGGUGUUGAUAAAGCCUGGGAUAGUGACCCCAAAGCUUGGUCCAGACCUAUUAAACCCUUGGAAGAGAAGUGGAAAUUGGUGCCGGCUUUCUUGCAAGUUAAAGGUUUAGUGAAGCAGCAUAUAGAUUCGUUCAACCAUUUCGUUAAUGUGGAUAUAAAAAAGAUCGUGCAGGCCAAUCAAAUGGUAAUCAGCGAUGCUGAUCCCCUUUUCUAUUUAAAAUAUUUGGAUGUGCGUGUGGGUACACCAGACAUUGAAGACGGCUACAAUAUAACCAAAGCAACUACACCACAUGAAUGUCGAUUGCGUGAUACCACGUACUCUGCCCCCAUCACGGUGGAUAUUGAAUAUACGCGCGGUGCGCAGCGCAUCAUACGGAAUAACCUUUUGAUAGGGCGUAUGCCGGUAAUGUUGCGUUCAUCGAAUUGUGUACUGUCAGGAAAAUCUGAGUUUGAGCUGGCUAAAAUGAAUGAAUGUCCAUUAGAUCCCGGGGGUUACUUUGUGGUGCGUGGACAAGAAAAAGUGAUUCUCAUACAAGAGCAAUUGUCUUGGAAUAAAAUGAUUACGGAAGAAUUUAAUGGCACGGUACAGUGUCAGGUAACAUCUUCCACACAUGAGAAAAAAUCUCGAACGUUGGUACUAAGUAAGCAUGGUAAAUACUACUUGAAGCAUAAUUCCAUGACCGAUGACAUUCCGAUUGCGGUAAUCUUCAAAGCUAUGGGUGUAACUUCGGACCAGGAAAUAAUGUCAUUGAUUGGUACAGACACCGAGACACAAAACCGCUUUGCGCCUUCGCUCUUGGAGACAUUUCAGCUAAAAGUAUACACUCAACAACGUGCUCUCGAAUAUAUGGGUUCCAAAUUGGUUGUAAAGCGAUUCCAAACUGCUGCCAAUAAAACGCCAGCGGAGGAAGCUCGCGAACUACUGACUACCACCAUACUUGCACACGUGCCUGUUGAAAAUUUUAAUUUCCAAAUAAAGUCUAUUUAUGUCUCAUUGAUGGUGCGGCGCGUAAUGGCCGCGGAACUCGAUCCGACAGCGUUUGACGAUCGCGAUUACUAUGGCAACAAGCGUCUAGAGUUGGCGGGUUCUCUUAUAUCGCUGAUGUUCGAAGAUCUUUUUAAGCGUAUGAACUGGGAACUGAAAAUGAUUGCAGACAAGAACAUACCAAAAGUAAAAGCCGCACAAUUCGAUGUUGUCAAACAUAUGCGUGCAGCACAAAUCACUGUAGGCCUAGAGUCGGCUAUCUCCUCAGGCAACUGGACGAUUAAACGUUUUAAAAUGGAACGUGCAGGAGUCACACAGGUUCUCUCCCGCUUAAGCUACAUUUCGGCUUUGGGUAUGAUGACGCGCGUUAACUCACAAUUCGAGAAAACGCGAAAAGUUUCUGGACCCCGUUCGUUGCAACCAAGUCAAUGGGGUAUGUUAUGUCCAUCCGACACGCCAGAAGGUGAAGCUUGCGGUCUGGUAAAAAAUUUGGCUUUGAUGACGCACAUCACAACAGAAGUGGAUGAAGGGCCAGUCAUACGUUUAGCUUUUAAUGCAGGCGUUGAAGAUAUACGCUUGAUUGGUGGGGAUGUUAUAAAUAAUUCCAAAGUCUUUUUGGUAUUUAUCAAUGGUAACAUACUCGGCUUAACUAUAAGUUACAAACGGCUUGUACAAGUUUUCCGUAUGAUGCGUCGAAAAGGUCGACUUGGUCCAUUUGUUUCCAUACACACAUCACACACACAGCGUUGUGUGUACAUACACACAGAUGGUGGUCGUCUCUGUCGUCCAUACAUUAUAGUCACUAAUGGCAGACCAGCUGUGGAGCAGCACCACAUUGAAGAACUUAAGCGUGGUAUACGCAAAUUCGAAGACUUUCUACAUGAUGGCUUAGUGGAGUAUCUAGAUGUAAAUGAAGAGAACGAUUCGUUCAUAGCGUGGAAUGAAGCUGACAUAACAGCAGACACCACAACUCAUCUGGAAAUAGAACCGUUCACACUUUUGGGUGUCUGCGCCGGUCUUGUGCCUUAUCCCCAUCACAAUCAGAGUCCACGUAAUACUUAUCAAUGUGCUAUGGGUAAACAAGCGAUGGGUGUUAUUGGCUACAAUCAAAAAAAUCGCAUCGAUACGCUUAUGUAUAAUCUGGUAUACCCACAAGCACCUAUGGUUAAAUCUAAGACUAUUGAGCUCACAGGAUUUGACAAAUUGCCUGCUGGUCAGAAUGCGACAGUUGCUGUAAUGAGUUAUUCCGGUUAUGAUAUUGAAGAUGCGCUCAUUCUCAAUAAAGCAUCCAUUGAUCGCGGUUAUGGACGCUGUUUGAUUUACAAGAAUUCCAAAUGUACCGUUAAACGGUAUGCAAAUCAAACAUAUGACCGUAUUAUGGGUCCCGUGAAGGAUGCGCUCACUAAUAAAGUGAUUUUCAAGCACGAUGCGUUGGACACUGAUGGAAUAGUGUCGCCUGGGGAAAUGGUGGUGAAUAAACAGAUAUUGAUUAACAAGGAAAUGCCGGCUGUGACCUCUAUAAACCCGAUUGAGCAAACAGGGCAAGCUUCACAGAUCCCUUAUACGGCAGUGCCUAUAUCGUAUAAAGGUCCAGAGCCAAGUUAUAUUGAAAAGGUAAUGGUGUCAGCGAAUGGUGAAGAGGACUUUCUUAUAAAGAUUCUCUUGCGUCAAACUCGUCGUCCUGAAAUCGGUGACAAGUUCAGUUCACGCCACGGUCAGAAAGGUGUAACUGGCCUAAUUGUUGACCAAGAAGACCUGCCCUUCAAUGACUAUGGUAUUUGCCCAGACAUGAUUAUGAACCCACACGGUUUUCCCAGUCGUAUGACAGUUGGCAAAUCACUUGAACUGCUUGGCGGCAAGGCCGGUUUAUUGGAAGGAAAAUUCCACUAUGGCACCGCUUUCGGUGGCUCCAAAUGCAAAGACAUACAGGAUGAACUAUUCAAACAUGGCUUUAAUUAUAUGGGCAAGGACUAUUUCUACUCUGGCAUCACAGGAGAAUCACUAGAAGCGUACAUAUACUCCGGUCCGGUGUAUUAUCAAAAAUUGAAGCAUAUGGUGCAAGAUAAAAUGCAUGCACGUGCACGCGGCCCAAAAGCCGUGCUUACUCGACAACCAACACAGGGUCGCAGUCGAGAGGGUGGUCUGCGCUUGGGUGAGAUGGAACGUGAUUGCCUCAUUUCGUAUGGUGCUAGUAUGUUGAUUAUGGAGCGUUUGAUGAUAUCUUCUGAUGCCUUUGAUGUGGACGUUUGUAAGACUUGUGGUCGCUUGGCAUAUUGUUCGUGGUGUCACUAUUGUCAGUCAUCCGCGAACGUGUCGAAGAUUUCCAUGCCCUAUGCCUGUAAGCUGCUAUUCCAAGAACUGACCAGCAUGAAUGUGGUGCCAAAAUUAAAGCUUCAAAAUUACUAAUUUUUAAUUUAAGUGUUUUUUAGUGGUAAGGCAUGGAAUAGAAAUAAAGACACAAUAUAUAAUAUUUAUCAACAUUA